UGCGGGGCGCGGCUCGGCUCGGCUCGGUUCGGCUCGCCUGACUCGGCUGGGCUGGCGGAGGCGCGGCUGCCGUCGGGCAGAGGGUUCGCUGCGCGCCCCGCAGCCCCGGCGGCCGCGGGAUGGAGCUCGGCGCGGCGCGGCUGCUGGCGAUCCUGCUGUGCCUGGCUCCAGGUUUAUUUAUGUCUCUGGAUCAGCCAACCCUUAGCAUCCAAAAAGAUGUCCUCACAAUAAUGGCAAACAACACACUAAAUAUUACUUGCAGAGGUCAGAGACCACUGGAGUGGUCGUGGCCAAGCAAGCAGAGCAAUGCUGAGAGGCGUAUCUCCGUGACAGACUGCAGUGAUGGCCCCUACUGCAAGACACUUACUCUGAGCAAAGUCAUUGGCAAUGACACAGGGGACUACAAGUGCCUUUACAGGGACAACCAGGCAGCUACAACCAUUUAUGUUUAUGUUCAAGAUUACAGAUCACCAUUUGUGACUUCAGUGAGUGAUCAGCUUGGCAUUGUAUACAUCACUAAGAAUAAAACUGUGGUAGUGCCGUGCCUUGGAACCGUAUCAAAUCUCAAUGUAUCUCUACAUGCGAAAUAUCCAGAAAAGAUAUUUGUUCCUGAUGGUAAAUCCAUUUCAUGGAAUAAUAAAAAAGGCUUCACUAUACCCAGUCAUUUAAUCAACUACGCAGGCAUGGUCUUCUGCGAAGCUAAAAUAGAUGAUGAAAGCUACCAGUCUGUGAUAUACAUAGUUGCAGUUGUAGGGUACCGAAUUUACGACCUGACAAUGAACCCACACAAUGAAGUAGAGCUGGCAGUGGGAGAAAAACUUGUUCUCAAUUGCACUGUAAGGACAGAGCUGAAUGUGGGAAUUGAUUUUAAAUGGGACUACCCUUCCAUCAAGGAAAAACGUGCCACUAUUAGGGAUGUAAAAACCACUGCAGGAGAAAUAAAGAAGUUUGUGAGCACCCUUACCAUUGACAGUGUGUCCUUAAGUGACAAUGGUCGAUAUACUUGUGCAGCAUCCAGUGGUCGUAUGAACAUGAAAAACAGCAGUUACUUCGUUAUCCACGAAAGUCCUUUUAUUCACCUGGAGAAAAUGGAGAAUGUUGUUGAGACAAGGCUAGGCGACACAGUCAAAAUUCCUGUCAAGUUUAAAGGAUAUCCUCCACCAGAGGUUAAAUGGUAUAAAAAUGGAAAAGCCAUCAAUGCAAAUCACACAGUUAAACUUGGCUACGCAUUAGUGAUCACUGAAGCAACUGAAAAGGACGCAGGGAAUUACACGGUUGUCCUUACAAACCCCAUUAACAAGAUGCAGAAAAGACAUACAUUUACCCUGCUGGUAAAUGUGCCCCCCCAGAUUGGUGAGAAUGCUCUGAUGGCCCCCGUGGAUUCCUACAAGUACGGCUCGACCCAAGUGCUCACCUGCACCGUCUACGCCGUGCCACCGCCCGCCACCGUGCUCUGGCACUGGCAGCUGGAGGAGGAGUGCACUUUCAGCCCCCAGAAAGUUCGCUCGGGAGCCAAUCCAUAUGCAUGCAAGAAAUGGAAAGCGAUCUCAGAGAGAAGGGGUGGAAAUCAGGUUGAAAUUAAGCACCGGGUCGUUACUAUUGCUGGGAAAACAAAGACUGUGAGCACCCUCGUGAUUCAGGCAGCAAAUGUAUCUGCUUUGUACAGAUGUAUGGUCACGAACAGGGCUGGGUCAAGCGAGAGAGUGAUCUCCUUCCAUGUGACCAGGGGUCUUGAAAUUAAUGUCCAGCCCCAGAAUCAGCUGACAGAGAAGGAUAACAUGUCCUUGCAAUGCACAGCAGACAAGUUCACCUUUGAGAAGCUGUCAUGGUACAAGCUCAGUGCUCACGUUUCACAGACUCCCUUCGGAGGGCUGCCCAUGCCUGUUUGCAAGAACCUCAAUGCUCUCCAGAAGCUGAAUGGGACAGUUUCAAAUACCAAUGGUGAAAACGUCACCUUAGAGCUCAUCCUUCGUAACAUCUCCCUCCAAGAUGGAGGGGACUAUGUUUGCAUUGCUCAGGACAAAAAGGCUAAAACACAGCACUGCCUGGUGAAGCACCUCACUGUUCAAGAGCCCAUGGCACCCACACUUGUUGGAAAUCUGGAAAAUCAAACAACAAAUAUUGGUGAAACUAUAGAAGUGUCAUGUGCAGUGAAUGGCAUUCCUCCUCCAAGCAUCAUGUGGUUUAAAAAUAAUGAGACACUUGUGGAAGAUUCAGGUAUUGUUUUGAAAGAUGGAAACAAAACACUAACCAUCCGUCGAGUGAGGAAAGAAGAUGGAGGGCUGUACACCUGCCUUGCGUGCAAUGUCCUCGGAUGCAGCAAAGCAGUGGCUUUUUUUUCAGUGGAAGGCGCUGAAGAGAAAACAAAUCUGGAGCUCAUUAUCCUCGUUGGCACUGCAGUGAUUGCCAUGUUCUUCUGGUUGCUUCUUGUAAUCAUCCUCCGGACCGUUAAGCGGGCCAACGGAGGGGACAUGAAGACUGGCUACUUGUCAAUCAUCAUGGAUCCUGAUGAAGUCCCUAUAGAUGAACACUGUGAGCGGCUCCCAUAUGAUGCCAGCAAGUGGGAGUUUCCCAGAGACCGGCUAAAGCUAGGUAAACCUCUUGGACGUGGAGCUUUUGGCCAGGUCAUAGAAGCAGAUGCAUUUGGGAUUGACAAAACUGCUACCUGCAAAACAGUGGCAGUGAAAAUGCUGAAAGAAGGGGCAACCCAUAGUGAGCACAGAGCACUUAUGUCAGAGCUGAAGAUACUCAUUCAUAUUGGCCAUCAUCUCAAUGUUGUCAAUUUACUUGGAGCCUGCACAAAGCCAGGAGGGCCACUCAUGGUGAUUGUGGAAUAUUGCAAGUUUGGAAAUCUGUCAGCUUACCUACGGAGCAAGAGGAGUGAAUUUAUCCCGUACAAGACCAAAUGUGCCAGGUUUAGGCAGGGGAAGGAGAACUACGUUGGUGAUGUCUCUUCUGACCUGAAGCAACGGCUGGACAGCAUCACGAGCAGCCAGAGCUCAGCAAGCUCUGGCUUUGUGGAGGAGCGGUCCCUGAGUGAUGUGGAAGAGGAGGAAGCUGGUCCUGAAGACCUCUGCAAGAACCCUUUGACCAUGGAGGACCUCAUCUGUUAUAGCUUCCAGGUGGCAAGAGGAAUGGAGUUCUUGGCUUCACGCAAAUGCAUCCACAGGGACCUGGCUGCUCGUAAUAUCCUCUUGUCAGACAAUAACGUGGUAAAAAUCUGUGAUUUUGGCUUGGCUCGAGACAUCUACAAAGACCCAGAUUACGUCAGGAAAGGAGAUGCCAGACUACCCCUAAAAUGGAUGGCACCGGAAACCAUUUUUGAUAGAGUAUAUACCAUUCAGAGUGAUGUGUGGUCCUUUGGAGUUCUGCUGUGGGAGAUAUUUUCAUUAGGAGCAUCACCAUACCCUGGAGUGAAAAUUGAUGAGGAAUUUUGCAGGAGACUGAAAGAAGGAACGAGAAUGAGAGCACCAGACUAUACAACACCAGAAAUGUAUCAAACAAUGUUGGAUUGCUGGCAUGGAGAUCCUAAGCAGCGACCAACUUUUUCAGAGCUGGUGGAGCACUUGGGGAAUUUACUGCAAGCCAACGUUCGUCAGGAUGGUAAAGACUACGUUGUCCUUCCUUUGUCAGUAUCAUUGAAUAUGGAAGAGGAUUCGGGUCUCUCUCUCCCAACUUCACCUGCUUCCUGUAGGGAGGAAGAGGAAGUCUGUGAUCCUAAAUUCCAUUAUGACAACACAGCAGGAAUUAGUCAGUACCGACAAGGUAGCAAGAGAAAAAGCCGUCCCACGAGCGUGAAAACAUUUGAAGAUGUCCCAUUGGUAACCACUGUAAAAGUUGUUCAGGAGGAAAACCAGACAGAUAGUGGGAUGGUUCUUGCAUCUGAAGAGCUGAAGGCAUUGGAAGAGAGUGAAAAACAAGUGAAAAUACCCUUUAGCACGCUGGUGCCCAGCAAGAGUAAUGAGUCUGUCAUGUCUGAAGCCUCCAACCAGACAAGUGGGUACCAGUCAGGAUACCACUCGGAUGACAUGGACACCACCAUCUACUCCAGCGAGGAAACGGAACUCUUGUGUGCCCAGGAGGCUUCGCCGCCGCUCUGCCGCGCCCAUGGGCUCCCCUACGAGAGCCCCGCGCCGCUCUAGGUUGAAGCUGGCAGCUCCAUCCCCCCUGGGAUGUGCCUUCAUUGCCUGGGCUGGUGGUAUUCAGGUUUGAUGUAUUGAGAGAUGGCAUCCAUGGGACUAAGAAAAGACACUUAUUUUUCCUGAGGAUGACGCAGAAGCAUCUGGCAGCAGAACUGCGCUGUGCCAGGCUGGGGCUCUUUCCUCAAGAGACACUGACAAGAGACAAGCUGGGGCUCUUUCCUCAAAAGACACUGCACCUCUGAGGGUGCAGAGCCCUGGCCGUGGUGUGUGGGCUGCCCCAGCCCCAUGGCAGAGGCUGAGCCUGGUGAUGUUGAGCGUCCGCCCGAUGCAGGCGGCAUCACGGCAUUCGACUUAACUGUUCCUACUUGUACGAAAUAAUGGCACAUCCCUGCUUUUGUGGGGCUUUUUUUUGUUUGUUUUUCCCCUUGUGGCUGGACUCCAGGAAGGAAACAGCACGGCACUGGCUUCUUGUUUCUCAGAGUUAUUCCUUGCUUGUACCUUCACAAACAAAAAAAGGAACCUCCAGCUCAAGGCUCUGGCACUCUGACGGCCUGAGACUAAACAUAGGCUGGGCUAAAUAUAGGUGGGGGUGAUGGUCUCUGUCCUUGGCAGAGGAAAAAGGCUGCUGUACACGUCCUCAUGAGUUGCAUUUUCUCAGUGAAGUUGGUUAGCAGGGAGAAGGCAGAGCACUGAGCCAAGUGAUAGGACUCAAAUAGCAGAGCCGUGCCUGACCUCUGAGGAUGGCUCUGCUCCCCUUUCACCCCAGCACCCUCACUCAUGCCACAUGCCUCCCUGCCUCUGAGCUGCCUCAAACUGCUGCAGAAAAUACUCCCCUCCCCUCAGAUCACCACCUGGGCAGCCUCUGCAACAGGUAGAGAAGGCAAUGUCAUUUACCCUAGGACCACAGGAAGCACCGUGGUUCUGGUGGGGCGUCCUGAGGGCAUCCCACCUUCUCAUCUCAUUCCCCCUCCCUCAGAUUUAGGUCUGACUCUUUCACUUCGAGAACUCAAAGUCUGUUUGCAGUGGCAGAGAUCUCAGUUUAUGUAGCCUUGGGAAUCCGUGACUGGUUUCAUGGCAGCUCCGAUCUUCUCCGAGUGAUGAAAUUGUGCCUAAUUGUUGGACAACUUCUUACCUGUGCUCUUGUAGUCCCAGAACUCUAUUGAUAGACACAAUGAGGACUACAAGAUUUUAAAAUGUAAAGCUAUUUCUACUGAGUUCUUUUUGUAUUUUUAUAAGUAUUUUUUUUGUUUGUACUUACUAUAAUGUCAAAUGCUGGGAACCAUGAAUAUAAGGCAUAUACAGUAUUUAUAGCCUCUUUAUGUAGAAAUAAAUGUAAUAUAUUAAAAUAUAAAUAUAUAUUAUAUAACAGA